GCUCAUUCAAACCUUGGACCUCUUAUCCACACUCAUGCCAAGUGCCAAGCCGCCAUCGCCCAAAUAUCCUCCACUCGAUCUUUUUUAACACAGUCUCAGUCCCACCUUCAUUUCUCACUCUUCUCCUGACGAUUUGUUCUCCUUACCGUAUAGACUGUAGUAUUGUUUUCCUCUCCAAUUAUUACAUCAAUGGCUACUGCAGUGAGUGCUGCAGUGUCUCUUCCUGCAUCAAAGUCGGCCUCUCUUGCUACCAAAACCUCUAUUAUCUAUCCUGAAAAGGCCUGCUUCAGCAAGGUGCCUUUUUACUAUAGAAAUGUGACAUCUGGUGGGAAAGGGAAACUGUUAUCCAUUAGAGCUCAGAUUACUACUGAGGCUCCUGUCAAGGUUGAGAAGAUCUCCAAGAAACAGGAUGAGGGUAUAGUUGUCAACAAGUUCAGGCCCAAAGAACCAUAUGUAGGGAGAUGCCUUCUUAACACCAAGAUCACUGGAGAUGAUGCCCCUGGCGAAACUUGGCACAUGGUCUUCAGUACCGAGGGGGAAAUCCCAUACAGGGAAGGACAAUCAAUUGGUGUCAUUGCCGAUGGAGUUGAUGCAAAUGGGAAGGCUCACAAGUUGAGGUUAUACUCGAUUGCCAGCAGUGCUCUUGGCGACUUUGGAGACUCCAAGACUGUCUCUCUUUGUGUUAAAAGGGUUGUCUAUACCAAUGACAAGGGUGAAGUAGUUAAAGGAGUUUGCUCGAACUUUUUAUGUGACUUGAAACCCGGGUCUGAAGUGAAAAUUACUGGACCUGUUGGGAAGGAGAUGCUCAUGCCCAAGGAUCCCAAUGCCACUAUUGUAAUGCUUGCCACUGGAACUGGAAUCGCCCCUUUCCGUGGGUUCUUGUGGAAGAUGUUCUUUGAGAAGCAUGAAGAAUAUAAGUUCAACGGCUUGGCGUGGCUUUUCUUGGGUGUUCCCACCAGCAGCUCACUUCUUUACAAGGAGGAAUUUGAGAAAAUGAAGGAGAAAUGUCCAGAAAAUUUCAGACUAGACUUUGCUGUGAGCAGAGAACAAACAAACGAGAAAGGUGAAAAAAUGUACAUCCAAACCAGAAUGGCACAGUAUGCAGAAGAGCUCUGGGAACUAUUCAAGAAAGACAACACUUUCGUCUACAUCUGUGGACUCAAGGGUAUGGAAAAGGGAAUCGACGACAUCAUGACUUCACUUGCUGCUAAAGAUGGAAUUGAUUGGGUGGAGUAUAAGAAACAAAUGAAGAAGGGAGAGCAGUGGAACGUCGAGGUCUACUGAUUUUUUCUAUCAUGUAUACAAUUCUAGCCACCUCUGGUGUGGGUUUCUCUGCAUCUAUGUAGAUAGAUAGCAACUCUCUUGUAAUCCUUAUACGGAGUAUUUUCUAUUAAAAGUUUCCCCUUCUCCGGCUUGAUCUUCGUUGCUUAAAUAAAAUGUUUACUCUUAAAUUAGGCUAAUUGAGAAUGUUUUAAUUUUCAAGAUUCCCGGAAUCCGUUUUUUAGGAGUAAGAUAGGGCUAUAAAUUUUGAUACUUCG